AUGAGGGCAUCCAGGAGGCAUUUCAUGGAGUCUUUCGGUCUGAUCGACCCUUCGUCCACUACCAGGGACCAUCAAAACAGAGGGAUUGGCCUCCAGAAAAAGGCUGCCAGGAGGAGGCUGAAUGACUUUCGGAAGAAGAGUGCCAGGUUCGAGGCGGCGGGGCCGGGGGAGGAGGCGGCGGGUGCGGGGCCGCCGGGGCCGGGGCCGGCCCGCCUGGCCCGGCUGCCGCUGGCGCGGGUGAAGGCGCUGGUGAAGGCGGACCCGGACGUCAGCCUGGCCAGCCAGGAGGCCGUCUUCGUCCUGGCGCGGGCCACGGAGUUGUUUGUUGAAACAAUAGCCAAAGAUGCUUAUGUGUACGCUCAGCAAGGAAAAAGGAAAACUCUGCAGAGAAAAGACCUGGAUAAUGCCAUUGAAGCUAUUGAUGAAUUCGCUUUUUUGGAAGGUACUUUGGACUGAGCUGGACAGAGACAGAGCUCUCUGGAGGAAGAGACUGCAGAGAUGGACGUGGGGUGGAAAAUGUCGAGAGUUCGAAAAUAGUUCCUAGAAUUGAGACACUGAAAUGGCAACCGUAAUAUUUUGUAUAAAGUUGAAGUUGUUAUAAGUUCUUUAUUUAAAAUGCAUAUUUUUUCAGAAAUAUUUUGUAUGUCACGUAACUGUGCUCUGCCGCCCUGGUGCAGACUGCUCUCCAGCUUUGGCCAGGUCACACGGCAGUUGCUCAGAGUCGCGGUCCCUGCCUUGCCAGGUACUCUGCAGCGCCACAGAGCUGUGAAUGGAGAGUGGCUCGGCUCAGAUGCCCAGGGACGGUGAAUUUUUUUUUAAUGGAAAUGUAUUUUUCUUUGUAUAUGUUUGUUUCUUGGCCGAACACAAUUAAAUUUGUUGUUGUUGUUGUUGAA